AGAGUGAAAGACAGAAAGUAUGUUAUUAGCGGCUAGAGAAGUAGAGUUGAGAGUCUUGAGACGGCGCACGGUAGAGUCGGAAAGGAAGAAAAGAGGGAAAUGAACUGAUACGUAUUGCGGUUCUGUUUCUGCACUUGGUGUUGUACUGCUUUUCCACUUUGAGCAGAAAAAUGAAGCAAUGCAAUUAACAAAGCUAUCAUCAUCUGCUAUCACCACCACCACGUUCUUCCAAGUCCACCUCCCUCCCCACACCACAAAACGACGCGUCGCAGAGCAAACCAUCUUGUCCCUCCUCACCACCUGCGACACGCUCACCACCUUCACGCAAAUCCAUUCCCUCAUCCUCAAACUCGGCCUCCACCACAACCCACUCGUCCUCACGAAGUUCGCCGCCACCUCCUCCCACUUCAACGCCGUCCACUACGCCUCCUCCGUCCUCUUCCCAAAUGACCAAACCACCCCUCCCCCUUCCCACGACGCCUUCCUCUUCAACACGCUCAUCAGGGCCUUCGCCCAAACGACGCACUCCAAGCCCCACGCCCUGCGUUUUUACAACACCAUGAGACGGCACGCUGUUUCGCCCAACAAGUUCACAUUCCCUUUCGUUCUCAAGGCCUGCGCCGGAAUGAUGAGGUUGGAGUUGGGGGGAGCGGUGCAUGCCUCGAUGGUGAAGUUUGGGUUCGAAGAGGAUCCGCACGUGCGGAACACUUUGGUUCACAUGUAUUGUUGCUGCUGUCAGGAUGGGUCGUCUGGGCCUGUGUCUGCCAAGAAGGUGUUUGAUGAAAGUCCUGUGAAGGAUUCGGUCACGUGGAGCGCCAUGAUUGGAGGGUACGCGCGUGCGGGAAAUUCUGCACGUGCGGUUACGUUGUUUAGAGAGAUGCAGGUUACAGGGGUGUGUCCUGAUGAGAUCACCAUGGUUUCUGUUUUGUCUGCGUGUGCUGAUUUGGGUGCACUUGAGUUGGGGAAGUGGUUGGAGUCUUAUAUUGAGAGGAAGAACAUAAUGAGGUCUGUGGAGUUGUGUAAUGCACUGAUAGACAUGUUUGCCAAGUGUGGUGAUGUUGAUAGAGCUGUGAAAGUGUUCAGGGAAAUGAAAGUGAGGACCAUAGUUUCGUGGACUUCGAUGAUUGUUGGUUUGGCGAUGCACGGUCGCGGAUUGGAGGCUGUUUUGGUGUUUGAUGAGAUGAUGGAACAAGGGGUGGAUCCUGAUGAUGUUGCUUUCAUUGGGGUGCUCUCUGCAUGUAGUCACUCAGGGCUGGUUGAUAAGGGACAUUACUAUUUCAAUACAAUGGAGAAUAUGUUCAGCAUUGUGCCAAAGAUUGAACACUAUGGAUGCAUGGUUGAUAUGUUGAGUAGAGCAGGACGUGUGAAUGAGGCUUUGGAGUUUGUUCGAGCCAUGCCGGUUGAGCCAAACCAGGUCAUAUGGAGAAGCAUAGUCACUGCUUGCCAUGCCCGCGGGGAGCUCAAGCUCGGUGAGAGCGUGGCGAAGGAGCUGAUCAGGCGCGAGCCAUCGCACGAGUCUAACUAUGUGCUGCUGUCGAAUAUUUACGCAAAAUUGCUGCGCUGGGAGAAGAAGACCAAGGUUAGGGAGAUGAUGGAUGUGAAGGGGAUGAGGAAGAUUCCAGGGAGCACCAUGAUUGAGAUGAAUAAUGAAAUAUAUGAGUUUGUUGCAGGAGAUAAGUCACAUGAUCAGUACAAGGAGAUAUAUGAAAUGGUGGAAGAGAUGGGAAGGGAGAUAAAGAGAGCAGGGUAUGUGCCUACAACAUCACAAGUAUUGCUUGACAUUGAUGAAGAAGAUAAGGAAGAUGCUUUGUAUAGACACAGUGAAAAGCUUGCUAUAGCUUUUGCUCUUCUGAGUACGCCCCCUGGAACGCCAAUUAGAAUUGUGAAGAACUUGCGCGUCUGCGAAGAUUGUCACUCUGCUACUAAGUUCAUAUCUAAGGUUUAUAACCGAGAGAUUGUGGUGAGGGACCGCAAUCGCUUCCACCAUUUCAAGAAUGGUUUAUGCUCCUGCGGAGACUUCUGGUAACGAAUUGGUAAGGGGCAUCAAAGAUUUUCUAUUUAUUUGUUGAAGCCUGAAAGCUUCAAAAGUUUUAAUCAUGUGCUAAAUCAUGUUUGCAAAGUAACUAGUGGAAAAAUUUACAAUGACAGCAAAUUUUUUUCUGGAGCA